CAUCAAGUGAUUACUUGGUUGGCAAUGUUCCCACCUUGAUUCCAGUGAUUCCUGGUUAGGGUUCGGGGAGAAACUUCUCCGGGGUAUUUCUGGCACGAGCUCUUCCCGGCUGGGAUUAUUCCCUUUCCAUUCUUAUUCUCUUUUUAUCUUCUUUUAUCUCUUUCCUUUACCAAAAAAAAACCCUUUAGUCUUUCUCUCUCCUUUUCUUGGUCGAAAAAUAAAUUCUUCAAAGCUUUUCUGAUCCAAAACCCUAGGUUUAACAAUGGCGGACGAAACUGUUAUCAACGGCGCAGGAUCGGAUUUGGAACUGAAUAAUAAUAAUGAUGAUGAUAAACUGGUGGAGAUUGAAAAAGUUUCUUCAAAGAAUGAUCAUGCUGAUGUUGAUCUCAAGAAGAUUGAAACAUUAGAACAAGAGAAAUCGGAAUUGUUGAAAGAGAAGAAUGAAAAUCAUGAGAAAAUUAGGGUUUUAACUGAUGAGAUCGAUGGAUUCAUGAGAAAUCAAGUAGAAUUGAAUGAGAAAUUGGAGAAGAUGCAGAAGGAAAAUGCUCAGUUUGAACAGGAGAACAAAUCACUUCAAUCAAUUGCUGGUCGAGCAUUGGAACUCGAGACUGAGGUUUCUCGUUUGCAGCAUGAUCUGAUUUCUACUAUGUCUGAGAAUGAUGAGACGAGAUCGGAGUUUCAGAAGCUUAAAUCUGAAUUCAAUGAAUUGAAAGAGAAAAUUGCCGAGAAGGAAUCGAAGAUUGGAGAUCUGGAGAAAGAGAAGAUUUCUCUGCUCGAGAGGAUUGAAAAGGAUGCUGAAGAGGUGAAGAAACUGAAGUCCGAGAAUGAAUCUAUUGUUCGUGAUUUGAAAACAAGAGAAGUAGAAAUCUCUGAGAAAGAAGGUGAAAUUUUAAGGUUACAGAAUGUGGAAAAUGAUUUUAAUAAGUGGAAAGUGAAGUUAAACCAUGAAAUGGAAGCUGAGAAUAAACAAUUGAUGGGCGAUUUGGAAAAAUCAGAAAUGUUGAGAAGAGAAUUGGAAGAAGAUGCAAAGAAAGAGAAGGAAACUGGGAAAUGGAAGAUUCUUUUGCCUGCUGUGAUUAUUUCCACUGGAACUGUUGUUGCUGCUGCGGCCAUAAUUUGCUGCAUUGCUUGCAUAAGGCGAAGGUAGAUAGGUUUAACCCCCCAAAAAUUGACAUCUAUUUUUUGUUUAGAUAAUUCGAUUUAUAUUUCUACUUUGGUUUGCUAUUCCGGAAUUUAGUACGGAUGAACGUAGUUUUUAGAAUUACAACAAGAGAGAAGCUUUGUUUAGACAAUUCAUGUUUUGGUGUUAAUAUUUCACCUGAUUUUAUAUGAGGUCUUGUUACAGACGUUGGGGAUUUUUGUUCUCAUUUAGGUUUCGAGCAUGUGGUUUAUAUUCUAUUUUGAUUGUUGA